AAGAAGUCUGGCUUAAGUGUAAGGGAAAUGGAGAGAAGAGAUGGAUGUGCCAGAGCCCUUUUGCCAUCAGAAAAGGGAUAAUAAGAGCAAUGACAGAAAACAAUCUGUGGGGAGUAAAAGCUUUGUCCUGAUGACCCAAGGGACAAUUAGGCAAAGCAAUAAACACCCACGGGGCCUCGUCACCCUGUGCCUACGCCUCUCAGGGAAUGGCUGGGAAGCUGUUGGUGAGGUCAGGCCCUUGGUGUUUCCUUCCUCCACGCCACACUGGUCACCUCCCUGUGGUCCCAUGCUCUGCUCCAGCCUUUCCACUGUUUCUUACUGUGUUGCAAGUGCUGCUCAGGCCUCCACUUUGGGCUCAGCUGCCACAUCCCAUCACUGCAGAGCUGAGAGCAGGGAACGCUUAGGGCUGGUUCCCCAGCUUGGGGCUACACAGGUGGCAGAGGGUUAGACCGGGUGCUCUGGCUGCAGCUGAGCAAACACCACCCACCCGGCCCCACGUUCCCGGGUGCCCUGUCACUACCGGCCACUGACUCACAGCGCCGCGCCAGGCCAGGCCCGGCCAGCCCCGGCAUCACACCAGCACGGGGACUAGCCGCAUGGAGCCCACAACCACCAUGGCGGACCUCAUCCGCAUCUCCACCGACGCUUAUUUCUCUCGGAACAGCAUGGCGCGACGCACGCGGAGCAGCAGGGCCUGGCACUUUGUCCUGAGCGGGGUGCGGCGCGAGGCGGACACCCGGGCAGUCGCCUUGGCCACUGGUGCACGUGGCUGGGGCUACGACUCUGACGGGCAGCACAGUGACUCGGAUUCGGAGCCAGAAUUCUCCUCUCUCUCACCCUCCAUCCCAAGUGCCAUCCCUGUGACCGGAGAGUCCUACUGCAACUGUGAGAACCAGAGCGAAGCGCCCUACUGCUCCAGCCUGCAUGCCCUCCACCGCGUCAAGGACUGCCAGUGCGGCGAGGAAGAUGAGUAUUUCGACUGGGUCUGGGAUGACCUGAAUAAGUCGACAGCCACCCUGCUGAGCUGCGACAACCGCAAGGUGAACUUCCACAUGGAGUACAGCUGCGGCACUGCUGCCAUCCGCGGGAACAAAGAGCUGGCAGACGGGCAGCACUUCUGGGAGAUCAAGAUGACCUCCCCUGUCUAUGGCACAGACAUGAUGGUGGGAAUCGGGACAUCAGAUGUGAAUCUGGACAAGUAUCGCCACACCUUCUGCAGCCUGCUGGGCAAGGAUGAGGACAGCUGGGGACUGUCCUACACAGGGCUACUGCAUCACAAGGGAGACAAAAUAAGCUUCUCUUCAAGGUUUGGCCAAGGUUCCAUCAUCGGGGUGCACUUGGACACGUGGCAUGGGACACUCACGUUCUUCAAAAACCGCAAGUGCAUUGGGGUUGCAGCCACAAAGCUGCAGAACAAGAAGUUUUACCCCAUGGUGUGCUCGACAGCAGCCAAGAGCAGCAUGAAGGUGAUCCGCUCCUGCGCCAGCUGCACGUCUCUCCAGUAUCUCUGCUGUUACCGCCUGCGCCAGCUCCUGCCCAACUAUGUGGACACGCUGGAGGUGCUGCCAUUGCCACCGGGACUCAAGCAGGUGCUACACAACAAACUGGGGUGGGUCUUGAGCAUGAACUACAGCACAUCAAAGCCUUCCUCCUCCUCCUCCUCGGGAAGCGACUCAGACAGUUCCUGUGGCUCAGACGCAGAGGCCUGCCAAAGGAAGAGGUGCAGGAGGACAUAAUGUCUCUGCAGAUGAACUGCUCUGAGGGAGUUGGGUGGGGUUUUGUUCUGCCGCCUGCAAGGGCUGGCCAGGCCUGAUGCACCUCUUUCUUCAUGGGGACUUCCAUUUCUAUUUGUUUGCAAAGAUUUCUCUUAAGUGGCUGGAAAUCUUUAGCCUAAACAUCCAUCACAUGCAUAGAAAAUACCUGUAGACUUACAGAGGUCCCAGCUCUGUGAAACUGGUAAACUGCAGCCAGAUAUCUGAGCUUUGUCUCCUGACUUGCUAUCAAAGCCAUCGCCUUUUCCCGAAGGAUUCUCUUCUUUGCAGACUCUCAUCAGGGCCAAGAUUUAAGGUGCCCUCCUGGUUUCACAGUGUAUUUGACUCUAGUCAUAUAACGGACUUUACUCAUCAAAAUACAAAAUCAAAGGCUGGCCCCCUCCUCCUAACUGCUGUGUGUUGGUUUGGUAUCUGCGAUGAACUCAUCACACUGUGGGGCACAAUCUCGUAGCAGUGCGUGGGGAAACAGAUUCCUAGAGCUGCAUCUGCGUCGCUGUUGUGAAAGAGCGGUUGCCUAAACGAGCCAAGCUCUCGAGCCCCCUAUGACUUUAAUUGCUUUGCAUGUUGGCUCCUUUUGCUUUUCCUCUAUCAAAGACUGUAUUAAACUGUAAUAAUAAAAGUAGAAACUGUC